GCUGGCGUGCGCGGCGAGAGGCGGAGAAGGUUCGAGAGGCGCCGCCGGGGCCAUGGCCGCCGUGCGCGAGGAGUUGCAGAAAGAUCUAGAAGAGGUUAAAGAAUUGCUGAUGAAAGCCACCAGAAAGCGACUUCACGAUGUCCUCACGACUGAAAAACACAAGCUAGAGUUAGAAAUCAAGAACCAGCCUCCAACAAAGCUGAAAGCAGAUGCAGGAGAAGAAGAAAAAUCAUCGCUUGGAGGAUAUACAGUGAAAAUAAACAACUAUGGUUGGGAUCAGUCAGAUAAGUUUAUUAAAAUUUACAUCUCUUUAAAUGGAGUCCAGAAGCUCCCAGCUGAGAACGUGCAGGUGAAUUUCACAGAGAGGUCAUUUGAUCUGCUAGUGAAGAAUUUGAAUGGGAAGAACUACACCAUGACCUUCAACAACCUUCUGAAACCCAUCUCGAUAGAAGGCAGCUUGAGAAAGAUAAAGACAGACACAGUCCUUGUGAUGUGUAAGAAGAAGCGUGAGGAAAAAUGGGACUGUCUCACUCAAGUGGAAAAAGAAAGCAAAGAGAAAGAGAAAGCUGCCUAUGACACCUCAGACCCCAGUGAAGGGCUUAUGAGCCUUUUGAAAAAGAUGUAUGCAGAAGGGGAUGAUGAAAUGAAGCGCACCAUCAACAAGGCUUGGGUUGAAAGCAGAGAAAAACAGUCCAAAGGAGACCUACCAAUGGAUCUUUGAAAGUACUCGGAGGGCCGCCUUAAUACUGAUCUUCCAUGUGAGACUUCCUGUGCUGCAAAAAUCAUUGUUUACACAACCUUCUUCCAAGCAAAGACAGUCAUUUUCCAUUUCAGGUUGGAGAAAAUAUUUAAAUAAAAUAGCUUACAAAGCAUUCCCUUCAGUCACAUGGUUCACCAUUUCCUAAAGAGGGGCACAUAGGUAUAUCCUUACCCCUCCUUCCAAAAAAAAAAGAAAAAGACUUUUUUGAAACUGAGAAUGUAAAAGAAAAGGAACACUGAACUAAGAUAGGUUGAGGUCACUUUGCUGUAUCAUGACAGCUGUACCCAUGUAGGGAUGAAGUCUCUACACAAGUGUUCGUCUUAUUCCAUGUGGGAUAGCAUGUUAAACUGUAAGGUAUGUAACAAGGGAGAAGUGCUGAAUAAAGCAGAACUGCCAUGUCAGAACACUGCACUCAAUAGCUGAGCAGAAACGUUAUGGUCUUUAUGCURUGGUAUUAAACCUUAUUACUCUCCAACAUGAAGUACUGGAUGUUUAACCCCUUAUGGCUUUUGAAAGUGAAAACUCUUUAGUCCCUAUGCUAAUUGUAACCUCCUUGUGAUAUCUUUGAGGUAGAGGCAGUGACCGGAGAGCACAGAGCUGCUGAUGCCAGGAAAAAGUUCUCCCUGAAUCUAGCAGUAUAUAARGAAAAGAGAAACAACCUCCAUUAUCUCCUGUCUAAUUUUGAUGGGGUUUAAGGUAAUAGAAAUGAAGUAUGUUGAAGUAACUUAUAUACAAGAAUUGGACUAACUUGGGGGGAGGUUAGCAACUGUCAAAUUGCUGCCUCUGCAUCUCCAUUUGAGAAUUUACUUGGGCUGUUUAUUGCCUCUGAACCCAACUCAUGGGGACAGAGUAGCUGUUUCCCCUCAAGUAYGUUGCACUGAGGAAGAAUACAGGGCAAAGGUACAGUCAGGCAGCAGGUUUUCGUUUCCGUCCUCCCUGCUUCCUCUCACUUCCCUUGAUGGUGUAGUUACUGAAUUGAGCAAGCCAUUACUUUUCUAUGGUGGCCUAACUAGGACUUGUUUCAUUACCUUAUUUCUACAUGGACCAAGGUACGUGCUACAAGCAGGAGAGGAAUAUUAGCACACCCAGAAGU